UCAUUUAAAAAUGUUUACACACAAUAGCAGGUAUCAAGUGACCAUAAUCUAACGAUAUACACUUAAAAAUGAAGAAUUUCAUUGCUUUCUUUCUCAAAAGUGUGCUAUUUCAUCUCAAAUCUACGAGGAAACUUCUCGUUUUAUUUCCGUAAUAAAGUUCUAUUGAGCUUAAAGGCAUGUCAUGGAAACAAAGGAAGAGGAGUUCAAGUUGAAUAGAGUAGACUAUUUACCUCCAUGUACUGAGAGGAAAUCGGAUGUCACAUCUUCUAGUCAUACUUUUCAUGUUAAAGUAUCAAAUAUUGACGGAUUAAGUCAGACUUCAUCUCCUGAAAAUUAUUAUAUUCAAGCCAUUUUAUUUGAUCAAAAGUAUGGAUGUUUUAUUGGCAAUUGUUGGAAUGGGAAAACUGUUAAGAAUGAAUCAAAUCAAAUAUUUUUUAAUCAGAAUUUUUAUUUUUAUACAUCAAUACCUGUCAAUGAUCUCUUGCUGGUUAUUGAGCUUAUUGGUCCAUCCAAAAUAUGCCCUAAUGUCAGAUCUUGUGGAUGGAUGUGCCUUCCUCUACUAAGUGAAGAUGAAGUUGCUGAUGAUAAAAAUACAAUGCACUAUAAAGUACCUUUAGUGCACGGGAGUCCUAUAUCAUUGAUAGUUAACAAAAAAGUUGUUAAAAAGAAGAAGAAGAAAAAGAAGAAAGCUGAGCCUAUGGUAAAGCCCACUGGUAUGGAAAUUUCUCUAUCACAAGCGUCUUUUCCAUCCUUGUUACAAAUGGCUCAUUUAAUUCCUGAAAAUGUUUUUAUUGAUGCUUCAUAUAAAAUUCCUGGAUUAGCACCUCUUACUUCUAAAAGUACAAUUGAUUCUUCAUAUCCAUUGAAACCACGUUUACAAAAAUGUAUUACUUUUGUGUUAGAAAGGUUAUGUAUUCGAACACAUUCUUCUCAUGAAGAACUUGAAAAUGAAAUUAUUAAAAAGUUCUGCAAAUAUCAAGAAACUAUUUCGAAUUCUGAUGAUGCAAAAUCCAAGACAUCACGAUUUCUGUCUUCCAAAGCUAGAAUAGUUCAGAGGAAACUCCAGGUUUGUGUUUAUAAUGGUUAUGCCUUUAUUCAAGAUCCUGAUAUUUAUCAUCUACACAUUGAACCGCCAGCUACACCUACUAUGAGUAAAAAUCUUAGAAGGGCUUCUAGUAUGGGAAUGCUAAGUGACUCGAAAGAAGAGUGCCUAGUUUUGAGAAGUGAUAUAAAGCUUACCAAAGUACCUGAUGAUAUAAACAUUGCAGUUGUUUUCUUAUUGGAAUAUGUUUUAGCCCUACCUAGUGUUAAAGAAGAUAAAGAACAUGUGCCUUCAUCGUUGAAUAAAACUCCAACAAGUAGUGUAUCUGUUGUUUGGGGGUUCUGCAGUUUAGGAUCUCUAAAAGAAAAUCCAGCUCAAUGUAUAGCUUUGACAAGUGAUCCCACAUUAUCUCCUCAUAAGAAACUGUUUUUGACAACUGAGCAAGAAUUUGAAAUGACUUUUUCUGCAUUUUCUCUCUUGAAACAGAAUAAAAAUCCUGCAGCUUCUUUCAUAUCUGAUGAUCAUUCAUCAGUGAUGACUAGCUCUGAUCACUCUGAAACAACUGCAAAAACAUCUUAUUUUCAACCAGUAUUAGGGCAUUCCACGCCUAAACACAAAUCUGUUGCUGAUAUUCCUAUGACAGUUAGACAAAGUAAAGUGGAUUAUCCUCAAAGGGUAAUUACAAAUCCAGGAAGUAGCAAAAAUGACAAUAGUUUUGCUUUACAAGAAGUUACUUUAGUUCCAUCUUCAUUACCAUUGGUUCCACCUAUGCUACAUUUAUUUCCAUUAGAACCUGGAGAAUCCUUUAAGACAUUUACCAAAUUAUAUUGGGAUAAGCUGCAACCAGUCCUCGACCACAAUGGAAAGCCUGCUACAAUGAUUGAUAGUUCUGUACCUUACAGACUAGACAUGAAUUUAGAACUGCAUUGCCCUCCUCAAAAGAAUGAAUGUAUGAUGCAAUUUCUAGCCAUGUCUGGGUUAUCUGAUUCGGUAGAAGUUCCACCAGAAGUGUUCUUCACUUUUCAGUUUUACCGCUUCCUACCAAUCAGAAGUGAAUGUAUGCUGUUGAAACAACUUUCUGAAAAUGAUAGUGUACUUCCAAAGUCAUCUUUAGUUUAUGCUUUUCUGAAAACUCUAGAAAGAGAUAAAAUGCCUGGAUUUCAGAUUACAUACAAUAUUGAUCCGACUGAAUUAAAUAAGGGAGAAUACAGAUCGUUUUUGAAUUAUCUGAUGAAACAAACUCUUCAUAUUGAUUUGUGGAAUGGAAAAUCUUUGUUGUACUUCGGAACUGUUUCGUUACCUUUGAAAUAUUUCUGUAGACAAGGCAAAGAAGCUGUUACUUCCAUUUUGGAAUUAGAUAUAUUCAACUGUGAAUAUCCUGAUGAAAGUCUGGGCCAAUUUAGUGCGCCUCUUAAUACAUCUUUGGGGAAGCUUCACAUUCGUGUUGCUUGCAUUCGACAUCCUUUGAGCUCAAAAGCCCUGGAAAACUUUGAAGAAAAGGAAGAGAAUGCAAGUUUAAUUUUCACAUCAUCAAAAGUAGAAGAACCAAGAAGUGGAACAAUUCCUCAUGUAGUGUCCAAAGCGAAAAGGCUCGCCGAGACAAAUCGAGAACUCUCUCAGCUGCUUUCAACCAGAAGUUUCUCUGACGAUUCCAAAACUAUGUCUCCCAAUCCGCAGCUCACUGAAGAGAGAAGGAGAAAGUUGGCUCGAAUGGAAGCAGUCAGGAACCUGGAAAAUGGUCAAGCACCUAGAAUCUCAGAGGACGGCAUGCAGUCUUUCUUCAAAGAACGACAGCGUGAUCUGUUGAGCAUCGAAACCUACAUUCAGAAAAACAAAUCUGAAUUGAUACAGUCUCUACUGCAAAAGUCUGUCACAUCUGAGAAAAGAAUGUAUCCUCUAGUCGGAACCAAAACCUUCUUCGAGUUUAUCGUCGAAAACCCAUUUCCUGUUCCGAAAAAAGUAGAGAUAACUUGGAAAUGUCCAGAUUUAAACUUAGUUAUUGACAGUAAAGAAUGGCAAGCGCUUAGAACUAUGAACGGCAUAUCACAAAAUGUAAAACCUCUUACUUUCGAUGAAUCUAGUCAAGAUAUACCAACUGUACAACUUCAACCAAAUGAGAAAGUUCACAUACCAUUCACAUAUGAAUGCUUAUCUGUUCAGACUAGUCAGUCAGAUUCGUUCAAAGCAGUUUCAGGUCAUCAUUUCACUGCAGAAGUUUUAUCAACAGUUCCUGCAAUAAACAGUCUAGAUACUACUAUUAAGGUUCGCUUCAUGACGGAAGAUCAGACGCUUUUGGCUGUUUUGAACCUGACAGUGCAACCUUUGCCCCCUUCCUUUACGCACAUUUUUAAAUUCCUAUCCAUGGAACAUUCGAUGCUUAAAAAGAGUAUUCAAAUCAACAGAGAUACAAAUAUCAAUGAAAGAUAUACUGUGAAAUGUACAAAUUCUGAUGUUGUAUGUUCGCUUCAAGAGAACCAAAGCUGGGAUGAAAACGUAAAUAUUAACAUAAAGGCUCCUACGAAAGCUGCCGGAAGAUAUACGGAAUUCUACGUAUUUAUUUAUAAAGAUACGUAUCAAAUAGCACCAUUUCAGUCUUGGAGUGUCUGUGUGUAUCCCCUGCAAAGAAUCGACUUGUCCUGCGUAGCUGGGCAGUUGAUGAGGUCAUCCUUAUUAAUUCGAGGCACCCAUGCAACGAAUUUAGUGAGAUGCUGCUGUAAUUCCAAAGACCUACAACUUCAUCCGUCCGAAUCUUUUGUGUUGUCGCCAUUUGCCGUACAAGAACUUUCUAUGAAUAUCAGAUGCCUCCUUCCAGGAAUUAAAUAUUUUCAAAUAACAAUGGUAAAUCAAGCCUUAGAACAAGUUCUUCAGUCGUGGCUUCUAGUCCUUUCCUGCCAAAAACCUUCCAUUUCCAAAGCGUUUCAAGUGCAUCUGUCCAUCGGUAAAGAGACUGCGAAGCGCAUCACCUACACCAACCCCUAUCCCCAAGACCGCCGUUUUGUGUUGCAUUGUAGUCACCCUCAUCUGUUGCAUCUGCGUGAGUACGAGUUCAUCGUGGAAGCUGGGAAGUCCUACCUCAUGGGUCUCUACUUCCUUCCGCAAAACUUCAUGUUCACUGAAACCGUCUUUUUAUACCUCAACGAAGCGCUUGCAGAUAAAAAUGAAGAAGCUUACUGUAUAAAAGUUGUGUGCCAAUAA